CAUUCCUGCCUCCAGACGUCCUUCGAGAGAAGUUUCCGGAUGUGUGAGAGAGAGCAACAGAAAGAGAGAGAGAGAGAGAGAGAGAGCGAGCGAGCGAGCAGGAAGACAGAGGAGCUUGCCGUCUGGAAAACCGCAUCUUUUCCCGCCGCUCCGCUCCUCCCCUCAUUUUUCCCUGUCGGCAUCGCUCCCACGCUCCAGCUCCCAGGAUCCCUCCCCAUUUCUCUCGAGCUGUGGUGGGCGUGCGGUGGCGGUGCUUCUGACCCUCUCUGUCGCCCACACGCUCUCCUUUCCCGUUUGGAGGGCUAUGGAUGGAUUGCGUUUACCUCCACUCAUCGAGGAGGCUCUGGACUCUACAGAUGAUCUGAGCGAGCUGAAAGCGGAGAGCGGCCCCGGCAUGGAGCACAUCACCGCCAAGGAGCGAGGCGUCCUGGAGGAGGAGGCGGAGGAGAAGGAGCUGCUGGAGGACGAAGGCGAGGACGAGGAGAAGAGUCUGACGGAGGAGCAGGAGCUGGAGGAGCUGAGGGGCCAGGUGGUGCAGCUGCUGCUGGAGCUGGAGGACGCCAGGGAGACCUCCGGUAAACACCAGGAGAGCUUUUUGGAGCUGCAAGGACUGUUGGAAGAUGAGCGUCUGGCCAGCGCCCAUCAGGCUGAAGCUUUCACUCGUCAAAUCCAGAAUCUACAAGCCCAGCUGCGCUCGGUGCAGGAGGAGAUGGACAGCCUGGAGGAGGAGAAGGAGAGCGAGCUGGCCGAGGCCCAGGAGGAGCUGCGGGUGGCCCAGGAGGAGGUGAUCCUCCUCCAGCAGGCGGCCGAGGAGGCGGCGGGCGAGCGGGAGAACGACAUCGCCUCCCUGCAGGAGGAGCUGUGCCGGCGGCGGGCGGAGCUGCAGCGCCUCAGCGAGGAGACGCAGGAGUACGAGCUGGAGAUCACCACGCUGAGGGCGGAGAUCAGCAUGAAGAGCCAGCGCAGGGAGGCCGAGAGGAGGGAGGGCGACGUGGACCUGCUGAAGGAGGAGUGCCGCACGCUGAGGGACGAGUGCCAGACCCUGAAGGAGGACAACCAGCGUCUCUCGGAGAGGCUGCAGCUGCUCCGCAGACAGAGGACUUGCUCCAGCGUGUACUUGUCGCUGAAGGAGGAGGACGCCGGCGAGGGCAAAGAGACGGGCACCGACGACGUCAUGACCGAGAGCUACAUGACCAUGGCCGAGUCGGACAACUGCCGUCUGGUGGACGCCUCCAUCCAGAAGAACAUCUCCUUCGACGGCAAACCCGCCACGCCAACCGGCUGGAACGGCGGCAUCGGGGAGAUCUUCUCGCUGAGGGACCAGCUGAAGCAGGCGGAGGAGAAGGCCUCGCACGUCCAGAGAGAGUGUGACGGGCUGAAGCAGGAGCUGCAGCAGCUGCAGGAGCUUUACGACAGCAGUCAGAAGGAGAGGAACGAGCUGGAGGAGGAGCUUCAGCGCUGCAAGGCAGAGCUGGAGAAGUUGUCCGGGGGGGCUCAGAGAUUCAUCCAUCCGUCUGAGCACCCUGUUCUCUCCAUCCCCUUCAUAGGAGUGAUUGUAAUAGUGGCUGUGGUCUGGUGCUGGUUGUCGGAGCUGGCGUCCCAGAGAGCAAGGGGAGUGAGCUAGGUUGGAACUCCAUCUUGACCGUCACCGCGGCCGCCGCCGUGCUGCUAACGAUGACCAGCUUGUUGAGGGCGCUCGUCCGAUGUUGACCGCACCUUUAAAAAGAGACGGACGUCAGCCCGAGAGCUUGUCUCCCGCCCUUGUCCGUCGACUCCACUGCAAUCCUCUCAACGUGAUGGAGCCCCGAGUGUUAAGAGGCAGGGUGGAGGUGGAGGUGGAGGUACCACACGAGGCGUGCGCACACACCGAGGAGGCUGAGGCUGCCGCCAUGGCGACGGGUCGAGGACAUGAGGACACUGCCACUCCUCCUAUGUGAAUAUUGUCUCUCUUUUAGCCUUUGCUGUGUUCCCUGUGCACCAGAUCUGUUUAUUUAAUCAUUAUUUAUUGAUUUUGCCGGGUUAAAUGUUGUGAGAAAAUACACGUGUAGUGAGCAUUUAAUGCACUGAAAUGUAGAUAUUCCUUAAUGGCUUGUAAACAUUGUUUCUUUUGCCUAAUGACUGCAGACUUGAAGCUGCUCUUCUCUCUUGUCAGAAUGUUUGGGACCUUGUCCAAGACGACGAGUAGCGGAAAACAAAGCCCCCCGACUCUGCAUGUAUGUAUGUAUGUAUGUAUGUAUGUAUGUACUAGGGGUGUAACGGUACGCCAUAUUUACGGUUCAGCGCGGUUUUAAGGUCGCAUUUCCGGAACAAAUAGGGAACAAAAUGCCAAAAACUUAAAAGUGCAGUUUUCAAUCAUUUUUCUAAUUAAACAUAACAAACUGCAAAAUGGAAAUGG